GAAAGGCGUGUUGGUCAAUAUAAAUACUCUGUUUUAGAAACGGACAACCCUAAAAGGAGCAAAAAAAAAAAACAGAACAAGAGGACGAAAAAAAUGAAGACAACGACAACAAUGCUCUUGUGUCUCAUCACGAUGCUCCUAAUAGCCUCCGCACAUUCCAAGGAAGAAACGGCUAUGCGUCUCGACAUGAAGCACCGUGAUUCACUCUCACCGAAUCCGUCACCUUACCAUCGCAUCGAAGACAUUAUGGGCAUGGACCAGAAGCGUCACAACGUCAUUUCUCAGAAAAUAAAAACAACUAAGGGUGGAGUGAAAAUGUCGCUGGGAUCAGGUUUCGACUUCGGAGCGGCGCAGUAUUUCUCGGAGAUCAUGGUUGGAACGCCAGCGAAGAGGUUCAGGGUGGUGGUGGACACAGGGAGCGAGCUGACAUGGGUGAAUUGUAGGUUCCAUGGGCAAGGGCCAGAGAAACUUGAGAAUCGUCAUGUCUUCAGAGCAGAGAAUUCGUCCAGUUUCAGAAAGGUUGGAUGCAUGACGAAGACUUGUUCGGAAGAUUUGGCGAAACUAUUCUCCAUCGCUAUAUGCCCUACCCCUAGAACUCCAUGCGCAUACGAUUACAGAUAUGUUGAUGGAUCAUCAGCACAAGGUGUAUUUGCUAAGGAGACCUUCACUCUUGGUCUCACCAACGGCAGCGUUACUAGUGUCCGUGGCCUCCUCAUUGGCUGCAGCAGCGCCUCCGAAGGUGGUGCCAGCUUCCGUGAAGCAGACGGUAUCCUUGGUCUAGCCUUGAGCGAUUACUCCUUCACUUCAAAAGCCACUAACAUCUUCGGAGGCAAAUUCUCAUACUGCCUCGUUGACCAUACCUCACACAAAAACGUCUCCAACUAUCUCAUCUUCGGCUCUACACCCUCGUCUACCACCACCGAAGCCCCCGCAAGACGAACCGCUAGGCUUGAUCUCAGUCUCCUUCCUCCCUUCUACGCCGUCAACAUCGUUGGAAUCUCCAUCGGAGAGGAAAUGCUCAAUAUCCCUCCACAAGUAUGGGGUGUAAAGAAAGGUGGUGGGACCAUUUUGGACUCAGGAAGCAGCCUCACGUUCUUAGCUGAGGCCGCGUACAAGGCCGUGGUUACAGGGCUACAGCGUCACCUUGUUGGUGUGAAAAGAAUCAAACCAGAAGGACUACCAAUAGAGUUUUGUUAUUAUACCAGCAAGUUCGACGACAGAAAGCUGCCACAACUAACGUUUCACUUCAUGGGCGGUACUCGUUUCGCGCCUUAUCGUAGAAGCUACCUGAUAAAUGCUGCGCCAGGAAUCAGGUGUUUAGGGUUUGUGGAGGCUAAAGCUGAGGCUACUAAUGUCAUUGGGAAUAUAAUGCAGCAGAAUCAUUUGUGGGAGUUUGAUAUUGCGGCCUCAACUUUGUCUUUUUCUCCUUCUACCUGCCUUUAGAUUGGUGUUUUAUUAUACUUGACUAAAUUAAAUUUGUUAGUGAACAAGUAAAUAAUGCUAUCAAAACUUGUUAGAUAGCAUUCAUUUCCUUAAAAUCACUAUUGGGCCUUGUAAAUAAUAGCCUCUGAGUGGGCCGUUGAGAGAGCAGGUUGGGCCCAUAACUUCAUUAGCUUGGUCUUUACUCUUUACUAAGUUUACACGCUCUGACAAAGAAGGGCUGCUUCUGUGUUACGGUGUUGAGUAAAGUAGGAAUCUGAUGCAUCGUUGUUUCAGUCUCAUGUGCUCUCUUCUCAAAGCAUAUUUGAUUUUUCUUUUUCAUUUUUACAUUCUCUCAACAUUAACAAAACUUGUCGAGUACUC